AUGACUAAAGAGCUGAGCUUCGAUAUCCGGUUCGCUAGUGUUCCGGCUCAUGAGCAGUAUGGUGAUGGGAAGGAGCUCGCAGAUAGAGUCCGCGAAAUAUAUAAAGGCAAAAACCUUGAGAUCCCGGAUGACUUCGACUCGACUUUGACUACGCCGCCUGUUCAUUUCAUGCAGGUGUUCGCGCCCGACGACGUGGACAUCGACGAGCUGAAAAAGGUGACUGUUCCACGUGGGUUGGACAUCGACAUUAUGGAAUUCCUGUAUUAG